AUGGAACAUGUCGUAAAGUGGAAGGCCAUUCGCGAUCAAGCGAUUAUCGCCACAGGCACAGACACAUACAUACCUCAGUCAAUAUAUCAACCGUACACAGAGGCAGAUCGUGUCCGCUACAUUGAGAAAGCCGAUCUUAAGGAGCCCAUCAUAUUUAAGACAGCGCAUCCCGACCAAUGGGGCAUAGUACUCGAGGACGCGCUGAAAGCCAAGAUGAAGAACCUUAUCGAUAAAGAUGACAAUAUGUUCGAGAACUGCGGGCCCUCUGUGUCCAUCCGGCUUCAGUGGCCCGGGUACCGUGCUUGGACCAAGCAGAUUCCUACGAUGGACUUCAAAAGUCCGAAAGGUCCUAUCACCAGAUCUAAAUUGGCUAAAAAUAUCGCCAACUGCGUGAAACGAUUCAUCGAAGAAAAGGAAAAGGAACGUAUGGAAAUGGAAGCAGACCGUAGGUGGAGGGUUGGAGGGCGCUAUAUCAGAAUGGAGGACCUUAUAUUGGUGUCCCUGCACCAUAUCUCCAAAGGCAGCUGGCAGCCUCAGCUACGUCUACGCACUCCACUAAGUGAAAUUCAACUCCGGCGCUUUCAACUUCAAGCCCCGCCUUCUAUUCCAUAG